AUGCAUGGAGUUGACAUGGAAGAACCACGAGUGGUUACUUCUCCGGGGGGCACUGCCAGAAAGGACUGCGACCACUCGCCGCCGCAGCAGUGGCCGCGAAUUAUGGAGGUCGACCCGCCCGGUCCAGAGGCAACGGACGCCGAGAAAGAUCAAGCUGAGAAGGACGAGACGCCCAAAAUUGCGAAGCACCUAAGACACCUGGAAGUCACGUGUACCAAACGCGUUGACUCGAGCUGUCGCCUGCUGCGCCAUCGGCGAUGCUUCAACCAUGCGCUGCUCGACAUCGGUCUGGAGAUCUGCGAAGACGCGCGAUGCGACAGCGAAAAUGGCGUCCGCAUUGCCAUCACCCAGGCGAGUGGUCGCGGGUAUGUAUUCGACGGCAUACGCGAGGACUCGAACGAAAGGGACGGGCUCGACGUCGUCGGGUUCCUGCUCUCCGAGCACCGCUGCAUCACGACCGUGGAAAUGAACUGCAUCAUGAGGCACUGCCCUUUGCUGCUCAAAGCUCUCAGGCUAAACAGGGACGUGGAGUGUGUGGUCAUUUCCGGAAUGGAUCCUGAGGGUAGCGCGGAAGACGUCGCCGCCUUCAAGGCGGUCAAGUCUAUGUCGCAACUGAAAGGGCUCUUCUUCGACACCGAGCGUUGUCCUCCGAAGUACACGAGCAACUUGCGACUGCACGGCCAACUACUUCGAGGAGGCACGAGGCAGCUCACCGCCCUCGACGUGGCUAGCGUGGAAAUGAGCCCGAAGCAGGCGAAACGACUUAUCGGGGCACUGACGCGGAAUCGAACUGUGACGCACCUGGUCGUCGGUGAGAACGUGUUCACGUCCGGCAAAGAGCUGUCGGGUGCGAACUUCGCCAACUACCUCGUCAACACAGCCACGCUCCGCGCACUAAAGCUGAUCUCGAAACCCGAAUUCACGAGCGAACGAGUCAUCCGGACACUCGCCCGCGCUGUGUGCCAGAUGACCACGCUGGAAGAACUGGAAGUGGACUUGGACAUCAAGAUGGUGGGCUUUUCCGCGCGGGUCGCCCUCUUCGCUCAAGUGGUGGCGGAAAACUCGACCCUGCGCCGCCUCCGGCUUCCGUCGGUGGCCUGCGGCUGCUCUCAAGCGGCGGACGCCCUGGAACACCUCGACCCCCCGGAUCCCGACGCCGCCGAGAAGAUGGCGCACUUGGCCCGGGCCGUGCGGAGCAACUCCGUGCUUCGCACACUCGAGAUAGACUUGGGCGGUUUCGGCGUAGGCGAGUGCCGCGAAUUCUUCAAUGCGGUCGGCGACAACGCCACGCUGAUCUCGGUAAUUGUCCGACGGCUGCCCGCCGAAGUGGAAGUGGACGGCAUCUGCAAAACAAUCCGGGAUCGCGGGCUCAAGGACAGAGUCCGCAUCGAGCACCACCACCUGACCCCGCUGGACAUCGACACGCUGCCCCGGUGUCCAGAAAUCACCGGCGUCACCCUCAACGGCAGGCACUUCGCCGGUGACAUGACCCGGUGCAAGCAGAUGAUUGAUAAGCUCGCUAGCUGCCCCCACGUGACGUCAGUUCGCGUGGACACGUGGUACUUCAGCGACUCCACGUACAAGGUAUUCACCGAUUACGUGACCAAAGCGACGACGCUCAGGGAGCUCGAGGUCAACGUGGCCGGUAUCCCGGAAGCGCGCACAGACGAGGCCCACCUGAAGAUCGAGAGAGAGCUGAUGUACGCCGUGGGCCUUAACCCCAGCCUGAUCGAAGUGAACAUCACGGGGAUCCUGCUGUACAACAAGUACUGCACCGUGCUCGUGGACGCCGUCGCGGCCCAGUGCGGAAGGCUGACGCACCUGCGCAUCACGCCGGCCAACACGAUGAACCCGACGUACGCGAACCUCUUCAUGCCGCACCUUGUGAACAGGCCCCCGCGGCAUGUGCGGGUGGACUUCUACAACUACAAGAACAGCGGACACGCCUCCUUACGGGAAAUCACGGCGCGAAACAACAACAACGUCUCGGCGGCGACUCGCUACGUGCUGGGCGACUGGAAGUGCGACGACGGAGCCCGGGUGCUCGAGCUGCUCCACGACCACCCGUCGCUCGUGCGCAACGUGCGGCGCAAGGCCGAGCUCGGCACCGUCGAGGCAGACGCCAGGAUCGCGCGCGCCCUGAAGCGCGUGCGACGCUGUGACCUCGACGAGUACAUGAGACUGGCCGGCGUCGUCAAGAGACGCGUAGUGUGCACCAAGCAGAAAGGCGUCCGCCUGCAGAUCGCAGAUAUCAACGAGUACUGCUGGCUGCACCUCCGCCUGUACCUCAAGGUCGCGGACGUUGUGCGAGUUUAAACUGACAAAUAUAUUUUAGACACGGUCACCUUUUUUUUUUCAUUACAUAAAGGUCCGGCACCUUCAAACUCCAGAAGGAAUACUGGGAGGUUUCGGGGGGUCCUAAAUAUUUGAAUAGAUUUUCUACAGACAGUUUCGGUUUCGUUUCCCAGAAGGCGACUGUCUCGCAACGUCAUGGCGCAGAAGGUUGUCACGUUGGAGCAGGACAUCCUGGCGAUGUUGUGGCAAUCGUUCCGUCUCGCUCGGACGCCCCCCUUUGCUGUGCGACGCGCCCUAUGCAGCAGCACAGUAGACCACCAGGCGAGCCGGAGCGAGUGUCAAAACGUCGCAAUGCCCUGCUCCCGCGUGGCAGUCUACCGCGUCGUGACGUCACGACACAGCCACCCCCGGGAAACACCACCAGAACUGGCUGUAGAAAAGCUAUUAAAAUAUUUAGGGCGCUCUGAAGCUUGCCAGUAUUUUUCUAGGGUUCAGAAGCAUUCCAUUCCCCGCAAAAAAAAAAAAAAAGAACGGGGGAAGAAAAAGAAAUCAUGAGCCAUUCCACUCUGUGAAGACGAUGAGCACAACGAGAACAAGGUGAAAGCAGGAGCCAACGCUUCGUCAAGUGCACUCGUCUUCUUCAAGGCGACAUAUGCUUUCCUGGCCACAGUAUAUAGGUGGGGUUCUUCUAAAGGGGAGAGGGUGUAAGGUGGGUGGGUGCGGCAAAGAGCGAAGGUGUGUUAGCGGCGAGGGUGUAGAAUUGAGAAUAAAGGAGUGCUGUGUACAAGGCCAGUGACACGGCCGUCUGUCAAUCACGUGUCAACGGCCGUGUGUCAGCCGGCGUGUCAAAAGCGUGUACAGUAGCCUUGUAUUACCUGUUUCGCUGGUGGUCGCGGGCUAUAGUGUCUCUGAAAGAGAUAAUAGGGGCGGUAGAAACCGGUGCUCGCGAAAAAAAAAGAAAAUACUGAAAUAGAAUAAAUAAAUAAAAAGAAAGAAAGGAAAUAUAGCUAAGCAACCAAACUAAAUUUUGUUGCCUAUAGCUUGAAAUUUAGCAUAGCGAAGAGAUUAUAAAGCUCCCUUUGAAACGUUUAUGCCUAUUGGUUGCAAUGUCUCGAACUUAUGGAUAAGGUAUAAUUCUCUGUAUUUUCUUUCUCGUCCAAAGCGGAAAUUUGACUGUAAGAUGUAGAGUUCAUCAAAGUUAUGACCUGGUUGGUUGAAAUGCUGGGCGACGGCUUUGGAAAGCUUUUUAGCUG